GCCACAGACAACCGGCCGAUCCACGUGCCAUCUUUCACCUGUUCCCAAAAAAACUACUCCGUAUCUCCUACCCAAACCUUUCCGAAAAUCAUUUAAAACAAAAGCUUCUUCUCCAACGGUUAAUUUCAAUCGAGCUUUGAAGACGAUAAAACAGUCGAGCUUUGAGCGUAAUUGAGGUAGAGCAAAGUGAAGAGCAAAGUGAAGAGCACAGACGAAUAACAAGUAUGGCGAAGCGAAAGAAGAGGUCAGACGACGGAAAUGAAGACAAACAAUUAACCGAUAAUGAAGUUUCAGACAGUGAUUUUGAGACGAAGGAGAAGAAGGAAACAACCAAUGAAAAACAAACGAAGAAGGAGCAAGACAAAGAAGAGGUUCUUCCAUCUGGCAAGGUCAUUGUAAGAUCAUGUACAAGAGGACUGCUUGACAAUAAAAAAGAAUUAAAGGUUAACUGUUUCGCAAAUGUGCACAAUGGCAUGGAAAAAAUAAAUAAAUUGCUAAAUCAGGACCAACUUCAGACAUUCAGAAACACAACAUUUGGAAAAAUGAUAGACAUUGGAAAUGUGCAAUGGAUGACCGGUCAGCUGCUCAUUCUAAUUGUAGAAAAUCAUGUGAAAAAGCUGGACGGUAAAGUGUAUAGAGACAGGUUCAUUUUCAACAUUGGUGACAGAUUGGUCUACUUCUACAAAAGAGAGUUUGCUUUAAUAACUGGAUUCAAGAUGGGAGGCGAAAAACCUGUGAUUUCUACAGAGACAAAAGGUGACAUAUGGAAAAGGUUUUUUAACUCAAGGGAUAAUGUAUCAAGGAAAGACAUUAAGAGAGCUUUUGAAGAGUUUGAUAAUAUAUUGGUGGAUAAACAACCUUUAGAUAAGGUAAAGUUGGCGGUUCUGAAUAUAAUUUCUAACUUCUUAAUUGGGAACCAGCCAAGUGUGAAAUGUCCUGAGAAGUACAUAAAUAUGGUAGAUAAUCUGGAUUUGGUGAAUGAAUAUCCAUGGGGAGAUGAAAUCUGGGAAGAUUUGCUUGAAAAGGUACCUAAGUGGAGUCACAACAUUACAAACUCAAAGAAUGAUAGGUAUGGAUUUCCAGGAUUUAGCUUUGCAUUGCAAAUAUGGGCGUUUGAGAGUUUCCCAGCGCUUAGGAGGACAAAUGUGUGCAGCAUUGAAGAAGACAGAAAAGGAAUGUGGCCAAGAUUUCUGAAAUGGUCAAUUCCUAAAAAAACUUGUUGUGCAACACUUGCUGACAACAUAUUUGACAACAAACAGUUUGAAUUUAAAAAAAUGUGCCCAACAGAGGAGGAGCUUCAAAAUCCCAUGAUAAAGGCAUUUUAUGCAGACAAAAUGCCUAACCCUGUGAUGAAAAAGAGUCGUCUCUCUUUGGUAGGAAAGAGGAAAGAGAAUCCUGUCAAGGCAGAUGAAACAGAAAUUACAAAAGAUGGGAGGACUGAUGAAGCAAAGCAUGUGCAAUUUGAAGCUGAAAGAAAUCAAGUCAUCAGUGAUCAAGGACAUGAAGACAUGCAGCACCAAAACUCUGAGCAUGCAGGUCACAGUGGAAUCAACAACUUAAACCGCAUGUUUAAGAGAAGAAAGGGGGUUGGAAAUGAACUUAGAGAAAGCACCAUACUACGUAACUUAAUGGCUGCGGUGGUGCUCCAAUCAAAGAAGACACAGAAGCUUGAGAAAAGAUUGGAAAAGCUUGAGGAUGGAAUGAAGAAGCUUCUAAAUGGGCAAAGGGAGCAAUCUGAAAUGUUGAGAUCACUUCUUAGGAAGAUUGAUGAAUCUGAAGAAGAUGACAGCGACAAAAGGGGGCUGGACUUAGACAAUGAUCUUCAUGCGGAGGAAGAAAACAAAAUGGGAAAGAAGCUGUCUCCUAAAAAUAAAGCUAAUGAUUAUUCUAUUGCUGUAUGUGCUACGCCAAGUUUUGAUCUCCAUCUUGAUGACACACAGGACAUGAAAGAAACUGAGGGAGUAAGAGAAGAGGAUGAAGAACAACAAGCUGGUAGUGAUGGUUCCAGUCAACUUGAUAAACAGAUUGAUACUUAUGAUGCAGAGCCCAUCUGUGCUCAAAAUCAAGACGUUUUGAUUGGUGAAGAAGCUGAGGCGCCAACUCAAACAAGCAUCAACAGUGAGGAGCUACAAAUGCAUGUCAAUACAGUCCUUUCGGAUGUCAUUAAAGAUCUGAAGAAAACAGAGGAGAUAAUAGAAGAAGAGGAAGAGCAGAUGGUGGUAGAUAGACAGAAUGAGAGUGGUAAUGAUCAGUUCCAAAUAAAGGAUGUUCUCAUAGAUGACAAAAAGUUACUUAUACAGGUACAAGAGAAAACAAGAGUCCUUGAAGAGGAGGGAGAUGAGCUGACACGACCAAGGAGAAAUGUUAGAAGUCCUGAAAGAUACACACCCAAUCCAACAACUGAAAUGAAGAAGAAGAAAAUGCAGAAGGCAAUGAAGAAAAGAGAAAAAGCAGAGAGUGACACAUGUCUAGUACAAGGACCAUUUACAGAAGAUCCAAAAGAGAAGCCUUGUAUGGAGGAUGUGCACAAAGUGAAGAUUUAUUUAGCAGAGGGGCUGCUAAAGAAGCACUCCAGUAAUGUCCAAAAGAAGUACAAAAAGAAGGACGAAGAGCUAGUGUCAUGCCCAUUCGGAUUGCAGCUGG